AUGAUACCGGAGCUUAUGUGGUAUAAGGGCACUUUCAAUUUUCUGAACCCACGGCCUAUUGCCAAGCCGAAGGUUAUAUUUAAGAACCACUUUAACCAACUCCGUUAUCAACAGAACCUGUUCAUCUUUACGGCAGUACUUGGUGCAGCUUCAGCCCUUCCUUCCUACAUAGCGGUACCAUCAGAUCAGAUAGCCUUUCUGGAUCUGACCGCUCUCCGCGCUCGUCGGGUGCCAAGACAGACUCUGGAACCACCUUCGCUUCCACAAGCUGCUUACCAAGAUGAUUACCAGCCUGUACCGUUGGAACAGUAUAACCAACCAAGCGUAGCUCUCGCACCUCCCCCACCACCACAAGCCCCAAGAAUACAGCAGCAAGAGAAUAGAGCUGAACCUUUAGUACAGUAUGCAGAAAGACCUGCAGAUUUCGGAGAAUAUGUUGACUUUGGGGCUCAAACUGGAGAUAACGGAGCCUUUGGAUGGUAUGCGGACUAUCCACUCAACAACCAAGAAUCGUAUAAACAUUAG